AUGGAAGUACGUACACUGAACCAACGGCCAGCCGUGGUGAUAUGGGGCAUGUCACAAACCGAAGAGAAAAGACUGCUUCGGGAGAUUCGCAGGUUUGAGGUGGAACGCCUUGCCCACGAAGAUAUUGAGAGCGAAGACCUGAAUUGGUACCUGGCAGAUUACAGCCGCUACAUGACCAAGCUGUCGUUGUCACAUGCUUUGGCUCAGUCCACCAAGAUUAGCUUCUUUGAAAGUGUCAUCGAGACUACCAUCGAUACAACGAAAGAUAUUCCACGCAGCAUUGCCGAAAGCGGGAAAGUGGGUAUGCCUCCUAUGGACAUUAUGAAACACAUUGGACAUGUGCGUGAUCGAACUGAGACUAACUUUGCUAGCUCUUCAUUUUACAACCAUUGUACGCCGCCGCUAGGAGCUACCUGGAAAUCCAACCACGCAUCGACCUACUAA